GUAGGGGAGCUGUGUUCAGCACUCAGUGAGGCGAGUGUGAGAGAGCGGUGAGGGUUACUAUCGCUCUUACUCCGUAUCGUGAGACAGGAACCUGUUCCCCUCGACUCAAACAUGGAUUCCGAUAAUGUGACGCGGGACGGCGCGGUCUACAGGAGCACGGUGGUGGCGCUGGAGGGGGACGACCCGCGGCCGCCCGGGGGCUUCGCCUUCAUGCUCAAGAACAAGCUGGGGCGCUGCCUGACCCGCAAGACGCUGCACCGCCGCCUGCCCUGCCUCACCUGGAUGAGGAGCUACAGCAGCGACUGCAUCCCCGGCGACCUCCUGGCGGGCUUCACCGUCGGCCUGAUGAUCAUCCCGCAGGCCCUCGCCUACGGGAUCGUGGCCGGACUCACGCCCAAUUAUGGCCUCUACUCUGCUUUCUGCGGCUGCCUCGUCUACUUCCUACUGGGGUCGACCAUGGAGCUCAACUUGGGCCCCACGGCGAUCAUGGCCCUCAUGACGAUGCAGUACAGCCAAGGGGGCCCAGAGUACGCCGUGCUUCUGUGCUUCACUUCGGGGGUUAUCGAGCUCGUGGCCGGGAUCAUCAACCUCGGUUUCCUCAUCAACUUCAUCUCGCAACCCGUGAUCAGCGGUUUCACCUCGGCCGCUGCCAUCACCAUUGCGUCAUCUCAACUCAAGCCACUUUUUGGACUCAAGCUUGAAACUCGCGGACUUAUAGACACUUGGGUUAAGGUCUGUAGCAACCUGCACGAGCUCCGAUGGCAAGACUUGACUCUCGGUCUUGCCUGCAUCGUCGUCUUGGUCUGCAUGAAGAAAGUGGGCUCCGUGCGCUGGCCGUGCGUGGACCGCUCCAGCCGCGCCGUGGGCCAGCGGGUGCUGCGUCAGACCAUCUUCUUCACGUCGGUCGGUCGCAACGCCCUCGUGGUCAUCAUCGCCUCCCUCAUCGCCUUCAUGCUGGACGGCGACGACCAGCCCUUCACGCUCACAGGUUUCGUCGAGCCAGGCAUCCGACCUUUCGCCCUCCCGCCCUUCAGCAUCGAGGCCAACAACCAGACAAUCACCUUCACCGACAUCAUGUCCGACGUGGGCGUGGGCGUGGUCAUGAUUCCCUUCAUUGCUAUUCUCGACCAGAUCGCCGUCGUGAGCGCCUUUGCGAAGGGGAGGACGUUCGACGCCACGCAGGAGAUCAUCGCGCUCGGGGUCGCCACCAUCGCCGGCUCCUUCUUCGGGUCGAUGCCCAUCACAGGCUCUCUCUCCCGCACCGCCGUCAACCUCUCCAGCGGGGUUAGAACGCCGGCAGGAGGUCUGGUCACGGGCGUCAUGGUUCUGCUGGCCCUGACAUUCCUCACGCCCUGUUUCGCCUUCAUCCCGAAGGCGACGCUGGCGGCGGUGAUCAUCUGCGCCGUGCUGCACAUGGUGGACUACGAGGUGCUCCUGCCGCUGUGGAGAAGCAAGCGCAUUGACCUCAUCCCUCUGAGCGUGACCUUCGUGGCCUGCCUCGUGUGGGGCCUCGAGUGGGGCAUCCUGGUGGGCAUCGGGGUCAACCUCUCCAUGCUGCUGUACUCCAUCGCCACGCCCACGGUCAAGGUCACGACCGUCCUUCCCAAUAAGCAGCAUGGCGGGUACGUGCUGGUGACGCCCUCGCACGGGGUUAGUUACCCGAGCACCUCCCACAUCCGCGCCGCCGUCAGAAAAGCGGGACUACGGCAGGCUGGAGGCUCCUUGCCCAUCGUCAUUGACUGCACGUUCAUUGAUAUGGCGGAUUAUACGUCGGCCAAGGGCAUCAAGGGCAUGAUCGAAGACUUCCAGAGACGAGGUCAAGUCCUGGUGUUCGUGGGCCUCAAACCGCGUGUCAUGGAGACCAUCAGCGCUCUGCACGAAGGCGUCACUGUGUGUCCUUGCUUCGAACAGCUGGACGAAAUCCUGGCAGACGGCCAGACGGAGGAGACGCUCGGGGCUCUGAACGGCGGCGAGAGGAACGUAGGGGGCGUGGUCUUGUCGAGCAUGAUAGCCACGCCCACUUCCGACACCAGCGAGGCGGCCAACCCGCUGCUCUCCACCACCACUUUCCAUGAGCAUAAAUAACCCCCUUCUCAUCAGGGGCAAUUGACCCCCUCCCGGCCUCCCACUAUAGCCCCCGCCCUCACGCCAUUCCAAAGCAUAUUCCAGUUUCAUGGUUUUGGACUGCAACUUUUUCUAACGAAUUAAAAAGCCCGCAGGGUGGAAAAAAACAUGUUGGAAAAGGUCAUAUGAAUUUAGUAAUAUAUUUUGUACCAAGGCUUCUCUAGCUUGGGGAAUCGGAUACUAAUUAUAGACUGAGGAAAACGAUGGGAAUGACGAUUUGCGAAAUUGUUUGCGUGUCAUAUUUUUGGCAAAUUUCACCACAGUCACUGCUAGAAAAAAAGCCAAACAAAACAUUACAGUUCGAUAAGCGUGGCUAAGACAAGUAUCUGACUGGAGGCUUGGCCACUGCAGGUCUACCCAUGGCGUUAGCAGAUGAGGACCCAGCUGUGUAGUAAGAAGUCGUGAACCUGCUGUAUGGUGAGGGGGGCUAUCUCGGCUGUGGUGAAGGGGCGUGGCUCGGCUGUGGUGAAGGGGCGUGGCUCGGCUGUGG